ACAUCUUUCACAUGUCUUUCAACCUUCAUACAAUAAUGUCAUAACUAAAAAUUACACUAAACAAUAACAAACUGUGCAAUAGAAAAUAGAUAAUGGAAAUUGGACUGAACGAAAUAAUUUAUUACUUUUCGCUUUUAAUAUGCAUGUCUCUCGGCAGUUAUUACAGAAAAAUCGAUGAUAUUGAAACGAAACGCAACUAUGGGGCUGGGCUGGGUAUACUUACUGCUUGUUUGAUCUGCGGUUUCCAAAUAUAUCACUGUGUACUUAUGGUAUGGGGCAACGUGGUUAUUAUAAAAUGUAGUGAUAAACGCUACGUCCACCACUUAAGCAUGGCCUACACAUGGACCUAUCUCAUCUACAUGUAUUACUACGCUGCAACGUCACAGUACGUGAUCUGGCUGCACCAGGCCAUGGCUCUGAAGCUGGUCGGACUGGCUUUCGAGAUCAACAAUCACGACAAGAGGACCAACCCUAACCGCCCACCAAUGCCUAACAAUACGAUGACCUCCGGAGACAACCAAGUGAUGACGACUGAGCCGACUGCAGUUGAUAUCAUUACAUAUAGUUUCUUCUUCAUUGGAAUUCACAAAGGCCCGUACUACAGGUGGAAAACAUUCGAAUCCCAUUUCUCUGAACCAUUUGCAACAUUAGGUGAUUGUAGAGUUAUAACUAUGCAAAAACUAAAGAAAGUGGCACUAUGUUCAAUGGGAUUCUUGUUGCUAAGUACGAGAUAUUCUGCCAAGUAUUACAACGCCGACAGUUUCUACAGAGAUCACAACACGGACUAUCGUUUUCUGUAUAACAUUCCGUUACUGGUGAUGUUCUUCUUGCAAAACCAGAUGGUCAUGGCGCUGAGCACUGCGGUGUGCACGGAGGCCGGCUUCGGCGUCUAUCCUGCUAAGUGUAACCCCUUACCUGGCCAUGGACCGUCUGAACACACUAGUUUUAUGAACGUCGUGACCGCCGAAACUGCUUUGGCUGAAGAAUAUAAUUUUGGAAUGCUCAAAUGUUUCGAAAAUGGGAAACUCCUGCUGGGCCCCAAAAUGAAGGACACCUUGCGAAGUUGGGACAUGCCCACAGUAUAUUGGUUUUGGAUAAAUAUAUACAAAAACAUGUCAAAAACCAAUAAGGAAACAAGGAGUGCUUGUUCAUACCUCGCUUGGACCUUGUGGUGCGGAGCGGACUUACAGCAUUUUAUUUUGGCGGCUACUCUCUGGGUCUACGUUAAUUUGGAGCUAGAAUUCAGUGGUAUUUUCAAUACGGCACGACAGAUGAAACGUCUGCCGUGGGAGAUAGGCUUCUCACUCAUGCGCAUCCUCUGCCUCAUCUACCUGACUCCGUGCGUCAUCAUCAAAGACACGUCUGUUUUUCUUCGAUAUUACAAUUCUAUUUACUGGAUCUACCACUGGUUCUUGUUGGGCAGCAUCAUUGUCGCCAUAGCUUUGCAAAAACUGUUAAACUAACUUUUUGUCAUAAACAUAUCAUAUAAGUACUACUUA